CGCCACCCUCCGCGUUUCGCGAGGCCUCUCCUCGACGUCGCCCGUACAUUCUCCAGCCGCGCCAUCGUUCUUUCACUUCACCCCCAAUGUUGUUCUAGCCCCCGCGCCACCCAAGAUAGAUAGAUUCAUCGCGAUCGAUCGAGCGGGAGGUAGAGACUAGAGAGGGAUAGUGUGUGCUGCUGCUGCUGCGUCGGAGUAGGAUAUCGCGAUCGAUCGGUCGAUCGGGCGGAUGCAGCAGGGGAGGGGGAGGAGGAGGAUGAUGCAGGGAUCGUCGUACUACGCCGUGCUCGGCGUUCACCCCGGCGCGUCCGCCGCCGAGAUACGCGCCGCGUACCACCGCCUCGCCAUGAAGUGGCACCCGGACAAGAUCACCAGCGGCCGCGUGGAUGCGGAGGAAGCCAAGAGCAGGUUCCAGCAGGUGCACGAGGCGUACCAAGUGUUGUCUGACGAGAAGAGGAGGGCGCUCUACGACUCAGGCAUGUACGACCCGCUCGACGACGACCAGGAGGAGGACGUCGAGGGCUUCCACGACUUCCUCCAGGAGAUGGUGUCCCUCAUGGCCACGGUAGGAAGAGAGGAGCCCGUGUACUGCCUGGACGAGCUCCGCUCCAUGCUGGACGGGAUGAUGCAGGAUUUCGCCUCGUCCGAAUUGCCUUCGCCCAGCGGCGGCUUCUUCGCCGGCGCGCCCUCCUCGCCGUUCGCCGACACCGGCGCCGCGCAGCAGCAGCGCGGGGUCGGCUCCGCCUCCGCGCGCGCGCACGCUCAUCCCCAGGUGGUCGGCAACUCUGCCUGCCUCAGCCGGAUGGCCUUCUCCAGCUACUGAGAUCAAUUUUUGCCAGCGGCCGCAACAUCAUCACCUGCAUAGAUUAGCUAGCCUCGUCGACAUCGAGUGAGAGUGAGUAGUCGGCGGCGGUGCGGCGCCGCCCCCUGCUGCCGAUGAGGCGCGUCAGCGUCGUGAUCUCAUGAAGGUGCAUGCAGAAAGGUGGCAAGGCAGGGCACUGGAACAAAGUAUUUCUGUUUAUUUUCUUGUCUUGUUUCGAUGGGAUGGGCUCUGCAGCGAGAACUGUCUAUACUGUUCCGAGUGUACCGUGACAAUGUGAUAUCACGGGACUGUUUGCCUUUGUACAGUUUCAUGAUAAACAAUCUGAAGUAGUAGUAAUGAACUAGUGACAAUGAUGAUGAUGAUCGUCGUUGUUCCGUUCUGUUAGGAUGA